AUGCGGACCAGCAAGAAGAAGGAGGACAGCGAAAACAAGAAGCACCGCUUCGUCGACAUCUCGCGCUCCGCUCUCUUCAUCCAGGCCCGCUUCCGCCACGCCAAGACGGUCUUCCGCGACUUUGGCCCAAGCGUUUUCUGCAACCGCAUGGGUGACCCGUGCGACCAUGGGGACAUCGUCUUUCUCUCGGAUCGCGCGGCCAAGUACAUCGUCCUGUCCGAGACGUCGUCCACGGGCCUCCUCUCCAAGUUUGUCGAGGGCUUCUGGGGCGUGAGCAAGCCGGAGGUUCUGAUCUCGGUCACCGGCGGCGCGCGCGACUUUGAGCUCUCGCCGCCGCUCGCCCGUGCCUUCAAGAGCGGGCUCGUCGAGGCGGCGACGUCGUCGCGGGGGUGGAUCGUGACGGGCGGCACCGACACCGGCGUGAUGAAGCUCGUCGGGGACGCCUGCCUCGAGUCGCACCUCUCCGUGCCCGUCAUCGGCAUCGCGCCGUACGGCGCCACAAACGGCAACGACAAGCUGGCUGGCCAGUUCCGGCGCGUGGUGUACACCAACGUGCCCUCGCCCUCCAAGGACGGCGCACCGCUGAAUGGCGGGCACACUCACUUCCUCCUAGUCGACAGCGGGCUGGCGGGGCGCGGCGCGUGGGGAACAGAGAUCAAGCUGCGCUCGCGGCUGGAGAACUUCUACGUGGAGCGCAAGGGCGUCCCGAGGGUGGUCCUCGUGGUCAACGGCGGGCCGGGCACCAUGGAAACCGUCCUCGAGGCGGCUCGCGCCCCGUCCCCCAUCGUUGUGGUUGCCGACUCGGGCGGCGCCGCAAGCGCAAUCUCGCGGAACGCGAAUAUGAUCGGAGCCGGCAAGCUCGUCACGCUCUUCCGGCUCAAGCAAGGCGACUUCUCCGGCUCCGCGGCGGGCUGCGACAUGUCCACCUCGCUGCUCGAGGCAAUCACCAAGCUCUGGCUCUCCUCCCCCGCCGACGACCUCUCGGCCGAGCCAUCCUUGCUGAGACGGGCGACCGAGGCGAGGAGCAGCGACGGCAGCGAGCCCUCCUCCUCGAGGGGCCACCAGCACUCGCUCGGCAACACGCUCGGCAACUCGCGCAACAACUCGUGGACCAGCAUGGACCAGUUCAACCCGAACCGGAUGCGCUCGCGCCGCAAGCGUGCCAUCCUGCUGGCGGUGCGUUGGGACCGGCGACCGCUCUCUGCAACGAGUCCGCCCCCAUCCCCGCCGCCGGCGCUUGCUGAGCCUCCCUUCCGCCCGCGGCGUAGGCCCGACAUCCUCGAGCGGAUCCUGCAGCAGCAGCGGGAGACGGCGGGCGAGAGUUGCUGGAGCGAGGCGCACACCGCGGCGCUGCAGUUUGCCCUCUCCCUCCACAAGCCAGGCGUGAUCAAGCACCUCCUCGAGGCGUCGCAGCAGACCAUCUCGCUCAAGGACGUCAACCUCCUGGAUCUCUACGGCAACGUCGACGGGCUCGGCUACCUCGCCUCGCAGCCCGCGCUGCAGAAGGAUUCUAUCGCGCCGUGGCUGGGGUCCACUUUCGCCAUCGAGCUGCAGCGCGACGCGGACCUGUCCAGCGAGCCCACGUACGCGCAGCUCUUUUACUGGGCGGUCCUCUCCGGCGACUGGGCGAUGGCGCGCCUCUUUUGGAGCCGCUGCUCGGACCCGACUCGGACGGCGCUCGUCGGGUCGCACAUCUGCCGCCGCAUGGUGGCGCACGGCGUGUCGCAGGCGAGCUUGGUCCGAGAGCACGCCACCAAGCUCGAGGAGAUGGCCAUCGGCAUCAUCGACGCCGCCGAGACGCCGGCGGAGGCGGCGGCGGUGCUCGCGCACAAGGACGGCAAGAUGUCGGUUGGCUCGCUGCGGCUGCUGAUGCACGCCGUGCUGCCCUUCACCAACCCGUACUACAUCGCGAUGGCCCGCGAGGCGGUCGCCUCGUGCCUGGGCCGCCGCGGCCCCAACGAGUCCGGGCCCACGCUGCACAGCGGGUUGACGAGGGAGGCAUCGGCUCUCCUCAACAGGGCGCGGGCGACCAUCGCAGGCAUGGACUCGAUGAGGAUCGGGCAGGCGGAGCGCGAGCAUGCCCUCAAAGACCCGCCCCUGACCGCGUCGCCGACAGCCGGCUCCCGCAAGUUUACGACGAUAAGCGGGGCCGUGCAGGCCGUGCAGGUCGCGGCGCGCUUCUCCAACUCGACCGAGCGGAGCGCGAGCAAGGAGGAGGAUGCCAAAGAGGCAGCCGUCAUGGCGUCACCGACCUCCUUCUUGGCCGCCACGCCAGCCGCUCUCGCCGGCACGAAGCCGCUGGGCCGACCUUUGGAAAACGGCUUCUACUCGGUCCCGGGCGUCGUGUCCAUCCUUCGGCUCGCCUCGCACAUCGCUUUCCUCGCGCUAUACGCGCACACGCUCUCCCAGCUCGACCCGUCGGGAGGGGCUCUGGGCGGAGGGGCUGAGCAGAGGCCGCCGCUCUCCCGCAGCGAGGCGAGCUUCCUGCUGUGGGCCGUCUCCAUCACGCUCGACGACGUCGUCAACGACUUUGACCCGGACCUCGAGAACAUGGAGCCCGCCAGCGGCACCACCGCGAAGAUCGGCGACGCGCUGCUCUUCGUCGCCGUGCUCGCCCGCGCUGGGCCCGGCCCGUGGUCUACCUCGCGCUACGAGGUCUACGCCGCGCUCCUCUCGGUCACCGUCAUCCCCGUCACGCUCCGGCUCGUCGAGUACCGCGCCGCUCUCUCGCCCGAGAUCGGCGUCCUCUUCAUCAUCAUCAAGAAGAUGUCUGCCGACCUGCUCGUCUUCGCCGAGAUCUUCACCGUCGUCCUCGUCGGCUUCGCUCUCGCCUUCGUCGGCGUCUUCCAGAUGCACCCGCCCGCCGACGCCGGCCGGCGAUCCCUCGGCAUGGCGAGCUCCGACGAGCUGCUCUUCGGCGCCUCGGAGCUCGACGACGUCUUCGGCCCAAAAUCGCCGAUCAUGACCCCCUUCUGGGCCGUCUUUGGCGCCUUCGAGGUGGACGACCUCAUCGACGUGCCGGCGAUGUACCCCUUCCUCCUCUGGACGUAUGUGCUCGUCAGCUCGGUCGUCAUGGUCAACCUGCUCGUCGCUAUGUUCUCCGACACGUACACAAAGGCCGCGCGCCGUCGCCCGUGCGCGGCGCCGAGUCCGGUCUUCUCGGGGGCCGAGGAGGAGUUCCGCUACCAGCGCUACCAGCGCAUCUUCCUCUGCAAGCACGUCUUCAACCCGAUCCCGCCCCCCUUCAACAUGCCCAUCCACGCCCCCCUGCCCGCCGAGGCCAAGCGGCUGCAGAAGCGCUUCUCGGACGGCGAGGCCGCCAAGCGGAGGCAAGACGACCUGCUCACCGAGAUCCGCGCCGUGGUGCAAAGCGGCACCGCGGAGCAGCGCCGCCGGCUGGAGGCGCCGCCCGCGGCCUGGCCACCAGCGCUCGGCGACCAGAUCCGGGGCACGCAGCAGUCGCACGCGGAGGACCUCCGGCGCAUCAAGAACGAGCUGCGCGGCGAAGAAAGCGGUCUCGCCGGCAGCAGUGAUCGUCGCAGCAACUGCAGUGUUAGCAGCGACAUCACCCCGCCGCUGCCUUCGCCAAAAACGCCCGCUACAUUUCCCGCUCCGAGCCCCCUCUCUGAGCGUCUCGCGUUGCCAACGGCGGCCGGCUUGACGCUGGACCUGGCGUUGAAGGCGUCGCCAGUGAACUCACUCAGCGACCUGGGAGAGAAGAGCAACGACAGGCCGGAUAGCGCCGCCGCCAGCUCGACCGCCAACCACGCUGCAGUCGACACCCCGGACGCGCCGCCGCUUCUAGCGGGCGACAACAGCCUCGAGACACGCCGGGCGAAGCACAAGCGAGGAUUCUCUGCGAAGCUCAAGCUGGCCGGGCGGUAG